AUGUGGAAGAAAUGGCAGCUGUUCCGUGCUAAGGACUUUCAAUCGCUGAUGUAUCCCUGCUUCACCUUCAGCAGUAUCCUCGGAAUAUUUCCGUACAAAAUCAGUGGUUCAACCUUCGAGACUUCUAAACAGCGUUACAUUCUAACAAUCUUCAUUCUUGGUGUUUUCAGUAUUUACAUGCUAGUAGUGCUGUAUGAGAUUAACAUCGCUGGAACAAUUUAUGUCGGAAAUGUACCUAAGGCUCUUGAGCGCAGCUGCUUAUACAUAUCCGCUAAUUUUAUGAUGGUCGUCGCAUACAUUUUGAGUGACUCUCGAAUGCACUUCUUCCAAACCAUAAUGAAUGUCUCUUCAAAACUGCCCAUCAAUUCGUAUGAAAAACUAUCUAAGCUGAUCCAUACCAAGGACAUCUUCGGUUUCUUCCUUCGAGUUAUAGUAGAAAUAUUUUAUUGUUUCAAAUUGGAUUUUACUUGGUACAAAGUGCCUAUACCGUACAUUCAUCUGAUGGCAUUUCAAAUGGAUAUGUUGUAUAUGAAUUGUGUUUGUAUAUUGAAAGCUUGUUUUAAAAGGAUCGAUGACAAUCUAAUAAAUUUGCGAGAACUCAUCAUAAACGAUGAGCAGCAUCUGUCGAGACGAAUCUAUCACGAGAACAAAAAUUCAUUCUUGUUAAUGGAACUCAAAGCUUUGAAGAAGCAGCAUCUAGCAAUUAGUGAUACAGUGCAGAUGCUAAACACGAUUUUCAGUCUGCACAUUCUCACUACUGUAAUUAUGACUUUUUCUCAGCUCACUUUCCAUCUAUAUUACUAUAUAACGUAUUGGGAAAUUAGUAUGUUUGAGAACAACAUAUUUGAAAUAUUUUCUCAUAUACCUUCACUGGUGCAUACCACGGUUCAUUGUAUAAAGAUAUCAUUGGUAGUAUGGGCUUGUGAGACCGGUAAAGACAGGGCAGUGAAGAUUGCAAUUACCGUUCAUGAUCUGCUUAACAAUACCUCAGAUAAAGAAAUUACAGAAGAGUUGCAGCUAUUUUCCGUGCAAAUACUGCAUUGUGAAAAUACAUUCUCUGCAAAAGGUCUCAAUGUGGAUGUUACUCUUCUUAUUGCGAUAGUGAGUAACGUAACUACAUAUCUAUUAAUCUUAAUACAAUUUUUUAUUACUGCACAUUUAUGCAACGUAACGACAGUAAAUAAUGGUACACAAAUAACUUAA